UCAUCUCUCUGGUCCCAGAAAGGAGCUUUGAGGGGCUGUCCUCCCUCCGCCACCUCUGGCUGGAUGACAAUGCACUCACAGAGAUCCCCGUCAGAGCCCUCAACAAUCUUCCUGCCCUGCAGGCCAUGACCCUGGCCCUCAACCGCAUCAGCCACAUCCCUGACUAUGCCUUCCAGAACCUCACCAGUCUUGUGGUGCUGCAUCUGCACAACAACCGCAUCCAGCAUCUGGGGACCCACAGCUUCGAGGGGCUGCACAAUCUGGAGACACUAGACCUGAAUUAUAACGAGCUGCAGGAGUUCCCCGUGGCCAUCCGGACCUUGGGCAGACUACAGGAACUGGGGUUCCACAACAAUAACAUCAAGGCUAUCCCUGAAAAGGCCUUCAUGGGCAACCCUCUGCUGCAGACAAUACACUUUUAUGAUAACCCAAUCCAGUUUGUGGGAAGGUCAGCAUUCCAGUACCUGCCUAAACUGCACACGCUGUCCCUGAAUGGCGCCACGGACAUCCAGGAGUUCCCGGACCUCAAAGGCACCAGCAGCCUGGAGGUCCUGGAGCUGUCUCACAAUCAAAUUGAGGAGCUGCCCAGUCUGCGCAGGUGUGAGAAGUUGGAGGAAAUCGGCCUCCAACACAACCGAAUCUGGGAAAUCGGAGCUGACACCUUCAGCCAGCUGAGCUCCUUACAAGCCUUGGACCUAAGCUGGAAUGCCAUCAGAUCCAUCCACCCAGAAGCCUUCUCAACACUGCGCUCCCUGGUCAAGCUGGACCUGACAGACAACCAGCUGACCACACUGCCUCUGGCUGGGCUGGGGGGCCUGAUGCAUCUGAAGCUCAAAGGGAACCUGGCUCUGUCUCAGGCCUUCUCCAAGGACAGUUUCCCAAGACUGAGGAUUCUGGAGGUGCCCUAUGCCUACCAGUGCUGUGCCUAUGGGGUCUGUGCCAGCUUCUUCAAACCCUCUGGGCAGUGGCAGGCAGAGGACUUCCACCUGGAGGAGGAGGAGCCUCCAARGAGGACCCAGAGCCUCCUUGCUGGACAAGCAGAGAACCACUAUGACCUGGACCUGGAUGAGCUCCAACUGGAGAUGGAGGACUCAAAGCCACACCACAGUGUCCAGUGUAGCCCUAUUCCAGGCCCCUUCAAGCCCUGCGAGCACCUCUUUGAGAGCUGGGGCAUCCGCCUGGCCGUGUGGGCCAUCGUGCUGCUCUCCGUGCUCUGCAACGGGCUGGUGCUGCUGACCGUGUUUGCCGGCGGGCCCAUGCCCCUGUCCCCGGUCAAGUUUGUGGUAGGUGCGAUCGCCGGCGCCAACACCUUGACGGGCAUCUCCUGUGGCCUUCUGGCCUCCGUGGACGCCUUGACCUUUGGCCAGUUCGCCGAGUACGGAGCCCGCUGGGAGACGGGGCUGGGCUGCCGGGCCACSGGCUUCCUGGCCGUCCUGGGGUCCGAGGCGUCGGUGCUGCUGCUCACCCUGGCCGCCGUGCAGUGCAGCGUCUCCGUGUCGUGCGUGCGGGCCUACGGGAAGGCGCCCUCGCUGGGCAGUGUCCGAGCCGGGGCCCUGGGCUGCCUGUCGCUGGCAGGGCUGGCCGCCGCCCUGCCGCUGGCCUCGGUGGGAGAGUACGGGGCCUCCCCGCUCUGCCUGCCCUACGCCCCGCCCGAGGGCCAGCCGGCCGCCCUGGGCUUCGCGGUGGCCCUGGUCAUGAUGAACUCCUUCUGCUUCCUGGUGGUGGCCGGUGSCUACAUCAAACUCUACUGCGACCUGCCGCGGGGCGACUUUGAGGCCGUGUGGGACUGUGCCAUGGUGAGGCAUGUGGCCUGGCUCAUCUUCGCGGAUGGGCUCCUCUACUGUCCCGUGGCCUUCCUCAGCUUCGCCUCCAUGAUGGGCCUCUUCCCUGUCACCCCCGAGGCCGUCAAGUCUGUCCUGCUUGUGGUGCUGCCGCUGCCUGCCUGCCUCAACCCCCUGCUCUACCUGCUCUUCAACCCCCACUUCAGGGAUGACCUUCGGAGGCUCUGGCCGGGCCCAGGAGCUCCUGGGCCCCUGGCCUACGCUGCUGCCAACGAGCUGGAGAAGAGCUCCUGCGAUUCCACCCAGGCUCUUGUGGCCUUCUCUGAUGUGGAUCUCAUUCUGGAAGCUUCUGAGGCUGGACGGCCCCCUGGGCUGGAGACCUAUGGCUUCCCCUCAGUGACCUUCAUCUCCUGUCAGCAGCCAGGGGGCCCCAGACUGGAGGGAAGCCAUUUUAUAGAGCCAGAGGGAACCCACUUUGGGAAUCCACAACCCUCUGUGGAUGGAGAACUGCUGCUGAAGGCGGAGGGAGCCACAUCCUCAGGAGGGGGCUCGUCGGCGGGUGGGGGCUUCAGGCCCUCGGGCUCAGUCUUUGCCUCACACUUAUAAAUGUCCUUCCCCCUUCUUCUCUUUCCAUCUCUUCCCUUCCUUCUCUCCCCACUCCCUCAAUGAUGGCUGCUUAUAAAUAAAUACAACCUAAACUCACCAGUGUGAUCCACAGCAGGGCCUGGUUCUGUUGGUCUCCUCUCUCUGWGACCAUCACCAGUGAGGGCUUCUUGGCCCAGUAUCCCCUUGGCCCUCCUCAUCUUCACCUUCAUGCUGCCUCUUCCCUGUCAGGUCCAAAGCUGUGGACCAGAGACCUGGAAAUUUGCUUAAGGGUAAGGAGUGAAAUAAAAGACAGGGAAGGAGGUGGGGACCCGAUAGGGCCAGGAUCAUGGCACAGUGGACACGGAGACACAACAGAAAAGGGGGCCACCAAGGGCAUUUGGCAUCUCCCCUUUGACUUAUGCAUAGGAUAUAAAACGUGUUCUGUGUCCCAUUAAUCUUGACAUUUGCCAUGAAAAAAUACUUCCUAUUAAAAUGAGCUU